CAAGGUGUGGAGGAGGCAGGCAACAUGUCGUCAUGACUUGGUGUGAUAUUUCCCGAAGUAUUUAAAGUUUAACAACUCAGUGCUGGUCACAGAGAGAAUCCAGAUACUCGGCAGCCAACAUGCAGGGAGAAACGGGUGUAUUAAGAGAAGGAUUCCUGGUCAAAAGGGGUCAUAUCGUGCACAACUGGAAAGCACGGUGGUUUGUAUUGUCCAAAGAUCAACUUCUCUACUAUAAAAUUGAAGGAGGAAAGAAGGAGUCUCGCCCCAGAGGCAUUAUUCCUUUGGUAGGAUGUACUGUCCACUGUCCCUGCCUGGACUACGAAAACAGGCCGCUGGUGAUAAAAUUGAAGGCAAAGAAUUCUGUCGAGCAUUUCCUAGAAGCUUCCUGUCGUGAGCAAAGAGAUUCCUGGGCUGAAGACAUUAGUACCAUGAUCAGGGCUUCAAACCCAGAGCAUCAAAAGCAACUGAGCUCUUUGGAUAGAUCCUUCGAAGUGCCAACAAACAUUUGCCUGAGUCACUUAAUCAAGGAGAUGCAAGAAACCAACAGUGGGAUCAAGGAGAUGACAAAUGGUGAAUAUGGGAACACCUACAAACUAUGCUUCACUGGUUCGACAGUGAUUGACUGGCUGGUGUCCAGAAAUGUUGCCCAUUCCCGUUCAGACGCCAUUACUGUGGCCUCCCUUCUGAUCGAAGAUGACCUCAUCAAACCAGUUGGAGAUAAAAGCACAAAGCCCAGCACGGAGCAGUUCCUUGAUGAUUCAACAGCACUGUAUUGUUUUGCAAAAAAUUUGAAGAAGACAGAUAGUCCAAGUGAUAAAAUUGAAAUACCUCAGAUGGAUCUCAGUGGAAAGAUUGUAAAGCAAGGUUUUUUGAUGAAACAGGGACACAAAAGAAAGAACUGGAAAGUGAGAAGAUUUGUCCUGAGAGCUGAUCCUUCACAUCUACAUUACUAUGACCCCUGCAAGGAAAAAAAUAAUGAACCAGUUGGUGGUAUGUCACUUCGCGGUUGCUUGGUAUCUGCAUUGGAAGACAAUGGGAUCCCACCAGGAAUAAAGGGGAAUGUUCAGGGCAACCUCUUCAAGAUCAUAACCACAAAUGAUGUGCAUUAUUACAUACAAGCUGGCUCCCGUGCUGAAAGAUCUGAGUGGAUUCGGGCAAUCAAACAAGUAUCAUAAACAUCUGUCAAACAUCCUCAGUUGGAAAGUAUAAUGCAGGAAAUGAACUGAAAAAAUAUUUCAAUGUUCUUCCACUUCAUUGUAGUUGGUUCUUUUCAAAGUAGUGCUGUAUCGUCAGAGAAAAUUAUCUUGAAUAUGAAAACGUUCUCCAUGUGUUAUUUCUCUAACACACAUGCACAGAGUCGAGAAAAAUCAUCCACUGACUUUCUGAACUGUGUUACUGGAAGAAUGGAUGAAUAUGAUGGACUUUGGAUACAACACAGUGACAGCAUGUUGUUGUAAUCUUUAAACUUUAUAUUACUAUUUGCCAUUUGUCCACCUGUAACUCUUAUGAAGACUAUUUACCAGACUAAUUGGACUACACUCAACAGCUCCCAAUAGCUAUGCCACCCAGAAACAAUGCCUUUCGGUGGAAUCUCAGGCAAAAGAGAAAACCUGAGCUUUUUGUCACUAUUUAUUUUUUCCCAAAUUAUUGUUGAUGCACUUUAUUUUUCUAGAUGUCUUUUUGAGGUUUUUUUUAUAGUUACCACUUUUAAUUUGUAUCUACAUAUAAAUAUCAAAUGCAAAUAACUGAUGUAUUUGGACUUUGCUUUCGUCUAGUUUUGAGCUCUUAAAAUAUUACUCAGUGCAAUUUAAAGUUGGCCUGCAAUUUGGAGUGUAAUUUAAAGGAAUGCAAUUAUAAUAAUUAAAGGAGGCAGCUGGCUUAUCUCAUCUCCACCCUAUCUUCAUUCAACUGGUAUAGCCGGUGGUGUUUGCAGCAAGUGAUGUGGGGAGCAUGGUAUUUGGGGGAGCUGGGAAUAUUUGCUGGGUUCCCUUCCAAAUUGCUCUCCUGAAAUAAUACCCAGAUAACCAACAGAACAAACUUGGCUGGGGCAUUUUCACUGUCAACAAAGAGUUUGCUUAUAUUCUUCGACCUGGCAUGCACGCCACUCCAGAGUAGUGUUUUCCGCUUGAUUCCACUGCUAUCAAGAUGGGAUUAGUUAGAGUAGAAAACAAAGAGGCUGCAGGAAUCCUCACUGGAAUUUGCUUCUCUUCUUGCCAUAAAUAGCAAAAGCAGUACAAAUCAGAAAGAUCUUUCAUUUCAAUCCCUGGAUCAUGCCGUAUUGCUAAUCUGAACAAAAGUGGUUAGGUGGGGAGUUGGGGGAUUGGUGGUUUCAAUGCUCUUAACUUGGUGAGGAACCACUUUUUAUCACCUUCCUGAAACUUUAGCUCAAGGUGCAUUUGAGUUAAAGAUCAUGUUCCUCCAUGAUGGCUCUACCUCCCACCACUGACAAGAUCUGUGGCAACCUCCACACUUAGCAGUACUCUCGGAAGUUCCAGUACAACUAAUUCAUAGUCAGGUAUCCAAAAGCAAAAAAACUGCAGAUACUGGAAAUCUGAAAUAAAACCGAAAUGUUGGAAAUGCUCAGCAGGGCAGACAGAGUUAAUGUUUCAGGUCAAAGACCUUUCUUCAGCAGGUGUCUAUGUUUUAACAGAAGGCUGGGGAAAAUGAUUUGCAAAGUAAGGCAUGCACUUUAGCACCCUUCUGGUGGCUUGUCCAGUAAAUGUUUGCAGUCUAUUCAACUAUGGAAGUGUGAGAAUCAAGUUUAAUCCUGUUAUUAACCAAUGUUUACACAGGGCUUCUCACUGGAGGAGGCUGCUAGUAGCAAUACAAGAGGUUCAUCAGAAGCAUAGCUGCCCUCAUCCAAUCAGCAUACAAAUGUGGUUCCCACAAGGCCAACUGGAUAGUGAGGAGGACUGGGAACUUGGUCUGGAACUUUCUCUUAGUCUAAAACUAAAAGAUUCACAGAGGAAAUCCCCAUUAGUUGCAUGUGAAAAUAAACAUACUGUAUUGUCCGCAUUGACAAUUCAUGGGAUUGGUCGAAAAUAGCAAUGAAAGAGAUGAAUCAAACUAAAAUGCUAAACUAAGCAUAAUUGGAAUUUCAAUUGCUUUAGUAGAUUGGUGCCUUCUGGUUGCAGGUGUCUGUAGAUUCAACAAUUCCAGGUGCAUGCCUAACAUGGGCAAAGGGCUGGAGACAUGCAGUGACUUUAUGAAUUUUGUAUUUAUAAUGAACUGACUUACCCAGUUCCAGAAGCAGACAAAAAGAUCCUCCAACCUAUUUGUCCUAUUCAUUGUAACUGUAAAUGAAAAUGCCAGUAAAAAGUGCAGUCAAAAUACAAGGGGCAGAACAUGCUACAACCUCUACAAAUAAAAUACUAUAAAUAUGAUCCUAAAUAGAAUUCAACAGAACUUUUUUGAAUCACAGUUCUGUCAAGGCAUUUGGGAGAAAAAGAAAAGAUUGGAAGAAAGGAGCAAAAGGUAGAGCGAGAGAGGAAAAGGGGGAAAAGAAAAAUAAGGAAGACUAGAAGAUGGAAAGGGAAGCACUUGAGAGCAGGAGGGAGGGGAAGAGAUGGAAUGGAGAGAAGUAGAUCACUGCUCAAUUUCCUCCACAAAGCUAGCUGGCUUUCUAGAGAAAAGAUUCAUAUAGAAAUUGUGAACCCAGAAAUUUAUGUUCUUUUGUCAUUAGCCAGCAAAAACUUUACUGGAGUAUUCCUUGCCUCUUUCAGUCCAUACGAAAAUGAGUUUCGAAGGAAACAAAAACAUGAUGAGAUAAAUUGUGGCUACACCAAUCCACAAUGAGUUGCAAAUUGACGCAUGGGCUUCAGCCAUUAUAUAAAGUGGGAACUGGAGAUUUAAAACUCAGCAGGUUCCGAUCCCAGGUCUAAAUACAUCAAUUCCAUUAUCAUCCAUUUCCACCUCACAGUAUCUACGUCGCCUGAACUACCAACGCUGUCCCCAUUCCCAACACCUGUCAGCUCCUGUUAUUCUUCCUCUUGGUCCCCAAAGCUUCAAUCUCCAUCCUGCCAAAACUGCAGCUCACCCUGUAAUCUGCUGCCCACCCUCUAUCCCAUUUUAAAUCUUACUUAUCUCUCGUCCUUUCUCGCAGACUCUUACUGGAUUUCCAUACAUUCACAGAUGAAAUUCAAAGUCUUUCCUAGCCUUGCUCUAUCCGCUCAUAAUCCUUCACUCUGGCUCAUGCCCACUGACAACUGUGCAAGUGAUCUGGGCUUUGGCAGGAAAGAAAGCUGGAAAAAAACAAGCUUCUAAGUUGCCAUUGCCUUGUUUGCCCGAACUCCUGUAUCUUCAUUUCUCAAUCCCCCUCCUCUGCCCAGUGGUAUAGCCUUCAACCAUUUUCUCUGUGAUUGUCACAAUGACAUCCUUCACCUUUAUUCUUUCCCACUUUCAUAAGUGAUCAUUUUUGAUCCUUUGAUCAUCUUUGUCCUAGUUGCCUCUCAAUUGCUCACUGCUGCUUCUCCUCCCUACCAGCUCAACUCAAGAAGGCUUUCUGAAGCAGUGAAGGAACUUUUCAACCACUCUUUGAAUAUGAUGAAGAUAACCUCUCCUGGCUGAUAAAAAGACAAACGUUUGAGGAACUACGAGCUUCCUGUAUAAUUUUUUUUUCGUUUGGGAUAAUUUGAAAGGAGGUCAAGAGUUGAGAGAAGUUAGGGGAAGAGGAGUCAUUAACUAUAUAAUUAAUAACCCUUAAUAAUAAGGGUAAAGAAAGUCAGGAGGAAGUGGAGAAUUAAAGGCCAAAUGUGUUCCUCACAGUUGAUUAUAAAAAUUGCAACAGAAGUAUUUAGAAAAUAGUGCAUGAUAAAAAGAGAAAAUAAAAGAGAUUUAAACAUAAAAGGACAAAGACCUUUCACGAAUGUGGAUCACAAAACAUUAAAAUGUAUUAUCUGAAAAUCAACUUGACAAAACAAAAAUAUAAGCUUUGGAUCUUGUAGAAGACCAGAAUGAAGGUUAAGGUGCAGACCGCUGCACAGUCCUGCUAAUCUUACAGAUGUUGAGAGUGGAUCUACUGCUCCACAAUGACCAAUGUAGCAUUAUAGAUUGCAAUGUUCCAGAUUUGACCCUGCGAUUGUGCUGAAGGAAUACCUUUCUUUAACUUUCUGCAAAGAACUCCAGAUUUCCCUGAAAAUUAGAGUUUUUGCUUAGAACUUUGCACAUAUUAAUGAAAUUUCACGUAAAACUCUAAUUGAGGUGUUAUUUAUUUAUCUGUAUCAGACUAAGACAUUAACUAAAAGUAAUCUAGGAACCUUCCUCAAGCAUAACAAAAAGCAGUGAGCACGAAGUUAAAAAUCAGGCAAUGCAAUAUCAUGCCUCAAAUUUCUAAAAUCCUGUGAUUUUUACAUUUAUAACAUGGUGGAUUCCUUUUACCAGCUUCUAUUACUGUAGUGCUAUGCUGUUGGGCACUCUUUUGUGUCUUCCCAGUUCUCUGUGGAUUGACUUCUUUUAAUUUUACUUGCCUCUUUUUCCUGUUUACAACAUCGUGGAAAUGGUGACCACAAGUUUCGUUCACUACUUAAAAUGGAAUUCCAUGUCUGGUCUGGUAUGACUUUGUUUACUUGCUACUCUAUGCCGUAGUCUCCACUUCCUGCAAAUGCUUACUUAUAUGGGUGACUCGGGCUUGUAUGGGUCGUCAUCAGAAAUCUGGAACGUUGGAAGCAUCUUUGAAUGGGUUUAAACUGUAACAUCUAUAAAAGAAAGUUACAUAAAUUCUUCAGCAUUUAGAGUAUACACUUAUCUUAUUGUU